AUUUCCUUUUUCUGCAUGCAUUCCUCUCUCUGUGCUUUGCUCACUUGCCUUCCAUUCUCACACACAAUUCACUCUAUUAAUUCUUCUUCAAUUUCAAACUUCACUUUUACCUACUAGUAUAAUUUAUCUUGUUCACGGAGCAUUUUCAGAAAUUGAGCUGGGAUUCUUCUUUUCCUCACCUACCAGCCGCGGUAAAGCUUUUUCCUUCUUUGCUCUCUUCUCUUUUCUUUUUGCUCGUGGAUUCUUCUUUGUUUCUAGUUUUCAAAUGAAGAGGACCAAAUCUGUAGCAAGAAAACAGGAAUUGAGCUUCUUCAAGGUCAUUUCAGAUGAUAAAAGAAUGGGAUUACCCCGUGGGAAUAUUCGACGGGUGCAAGGACUUUUAGGUCGUAAAGUUACCCUCAGAGACGUCGACAGAAAUUUGUGGACAGUAGAGGUGUCAAGAGAUGGGGAUGGAUUCUAUUUUGACAAGGGGUGGCCUCAAUUUCAUCAAGAAAAUCAUGUGGAGCCUGGUGAUUAUGUUUCAUUCGACUACAAGCACAGCGGUUUGUUCGACUUCAUAUUGCUUGGAGGCGAUGGUUGUGUAAAGAAAGGUGCCGGCUGUCCAAGAAGUAGUGUGAAAGUGGAGGUAGAGGAGGUGUAUGAGCUCACUGAUGACGAAGACGAUGAUGAUGAUGAUGAAGAUGAAGAUGAUGAUGUAGAUGAUGAUGAUGAUGAAGAUGAAGAUGAUGAUGAUGAUGAAGAUGAAGAUUAUGUGUUAGAGCAGUGGAAGAAGUUGAAGGAAGAAGAGAUUGAAGAUGAGAGCGAUGAGGAUGAUGAAAUUGAGGUGCUGAUGAAGGGAUCCAAGUCAAGAUCGUCACCAUCUUCAUCUUCUUUGAGACAGAAGAAGCACGAUAAAGAAGAUUACUACGGGCGCCACAUCUUCAGAUCAGGACUGGCCGUCCAACCCCAAAAUCCUUACUUUGUGUCGACGUCAAGGAAACUGCGCAGGAAUGUGCUGCACAUCCCGAACGAGGUGAGAGAAAGGUGGAAGCUCAAGUUUAAGUCGAAAAUGUUGGUGGUGGAUGCGAGUGGGAGGAAAUGGGGUAGCAAGAUCAAGAAGUGGAGCGACGGGCGCGUCUGGUGCACCGGUGGAUGGAAAAGGAUGUGCGCGGCUAACAACAUAAGCACCCACGACACCUGCAUCUGUGAGUUUGUGCAACGAGGCAGCGACGGCAUGUAUAUGCUCGUCCAUGCUGUUGGCGCUCCUAAGUAGCCGCAUCGCAUCUUACUUACUUAUCUCUAAUUUUAGGACUCGUUAUGUAUUGUCUCAGAAUUGUGAACCUGAUCAAAUGUUAUGAUCCCCACGUUGAGACCACUUGUUUGAAUCAUGAUUUACUAGUAGUAUGAUUUUCAAAUUUUCAACC